AUGCAGGAGCGCGAUGCUGCAGGACGGGCCCGGGAAGAGGACAGUGCCGUCCUGAUCGACGUGGCCCGGGCAGAGACGGGGGACUCUUACGGGAGCACAGCCAACGCCUCAGAGCCAGCUGGACGCCAGGCGGCCACCAGCAGGGUGGGAAGCCCCGCCAAGCCCUGGAUCGUUCUGCGCUCAUCCCGAAGGUGCAGUCCUCAGCCCUGUGGUAUCGCCCAGGAGGCUCAGCUGGAAAGCCAGAGUGGCCGACAGUCUCCCUCCUCCCUGUGUGGCUGGAGCUCCAGCUCUGUGCUUCCUGAGUCUCUGUUAGCCAUCAGCCUGCAGCAGCCGCCUCUGGGCGUGAACGAGCCGUCCACCAAUAGCAAUGCUGGGCGCAUUUUCUCAUGGGUGCUGGUGCUUAACUGGGCUGCGUCCUCCUUGGGCGUGGGGACCACGCUGCCCAAAGCCACACGCUGCCCAAAGCGCCCUCAGCCUUCAGUCCGGAUGGUGGCCCUCAGCUCUCAGCCCACGUCACAGCCAGCUGGGGAGGCCCAUGCCUGCCCCCUGGGCUUCUGGCCUUUCGGGGAUCCCGAUGGCUGUGAUAUGCGAGACGUCCAGGACGAGGACAGCGUGGUGCGCUACCUCCUCUUCAGCGCCCCUUGGGCUGUGCUCCGCUGUUACGCGGAGGACCUGGGUCUGAAGCUGCCCCUGCAGGAGUUGCCCGACCAGGCCUCCAACUGGGCAGCCAGCCUGCUGGAGUGGCUGGGGGUCCCCAACAUCCUGCUGGAGGACGUGCCCGACAUGCCCCCCAAGUCUUACUCUUGCCAGUUCAAAGUGAGCAAUCUGUCCAGGUUCCUCGGGAGUGAGAACCAGGCCACCUUCUUCCCCAUCACCUACAGGCACCAGAUUCUGUUCGAGAUCCUGGCCAAGACCCCGUACGGCCACGAGAGGAAACGCCUGUUUGGGACCGACCAGCUGCUGGGGGAGGGGGCCUUCAGCACAGCCUUCCCCCUGCACGACGGCCCCUUGACGACACCCCCAGAGGGCCCACGGGCCCUGGGCCUCACCCAGCGGCAGGUCCGGCUCCAGUCCUGGGCCCGCUGGCGCCAGUGGCACAAGUACCAGCCUCUGGACCACGUGCGCAGGUACUUCGGGGAGAAGGUGGCCUUCUACUUCGCCCGGCUCAGUCUCUACACAGGCUGGCUUGUGCCAGCGGCGGGGGCGGGCACACUGGUGUCCCUGGUGGGCUGUCUCAUGGUGUCCUCAGACGCACCCAGGCAGGAGCUGUGCGGCAGUGGGGACAGCUUCGCCCUGGACUGCCCCUUCUGGCUGCUCUCCGGCGCCUGUGCCCUGGUCCAGGCUGGCCGUUUCUUCGACCACGGCGGCACUGUCUUCUUCAGCUUGUUCAUGGCGCUGUGGGCCAUGCCGCUCCGGGAGUUCUGGGAGCGGAAGAGCUCCACGCUGGCCUGCCGCUGGGGCUGCUCCGACUACGAGGACAUCGAGGAGCGGCCAAGGCCCCAGUCUGCCGCCUCUGCUCCCACAACAGCUGUGAACCCCAUCGCCGGUGAGGGUGAGCCCUACUUCCCCAAGAGAAGCCGCCUGCACCGGGUACUGGCCGGCUCCGCGGUGGUCAUGACGAUGGUGGCCGUGGUGGUCAUGUGCCUGGUGUCCAUCGUCCUGCACCGGGCCAUCAUGGCCGUCACCGUGUCCAGGCCAGACAACACCCCCCUCGCAGCCUGGGCGUCACGCGUCGCCAGCCUCAUGCGGUCCACGGUUAACCUUGUCUUCAUCCUCAGCCUCUCCAAGGUCUACGUGGCCCUGGCCUGCGUCCUGACGAAAUGGGAGACGCACCGGACGCAGACCAAGUUCGAGGACGCCUUCACCCUCAAGGUGUUCAUCUUCCAGUUCGUCAACUUCUACUCCUCGCCCAUCUACAUCGCCUUCUUCAAGGGCAGGUUCGUGGGCCACCCGGGCAACUGCCACACCUCGCCUGGGGUCCGCAGCGAGGAGUGUGCGGCCGGAGGCUGCCUCACUGAGUUGGCACAGGAGCUCCUGGUCAUCAUGGUGGGCAAGCAGAUCAUCUACAAUGUGCAGGAGAUUCUUGUCCCGGAGCUAGGGGGCUGGUGGCAGAGGUCCCGGCUCCGCUCCAAGGAGAGGAAGGCAGGGCUGGCCAGGUGCCCUGGGAGGCAGGCAGACUUCGAGCUUCUGCCCUUCCAGGGCCUCUUUGACGGGCACCUUGAGAUGGUGCUGCACUCCGGCUUCAUCACCGUCUUCGUGGCCGCCUGCCUCCUCGCGCCGCUCUUCGCCCUGCUCAACGACCGGGUGGAGAUCCGCCUGGACGCGCGCAAGUUCGGCCGCGAGCGCCGGCGACCCGUGGCCGAGUGCGCGCAGGACAUCGGCAUCUGGUUCCACAUCCUGGCGGCCAUCACCCGCCUGGCGGUCAUCGGCAACGCCUUCCUGCUGGCCUUCUCGUCCGACUUGCCGCCGCGCGCCUACCACCAGUGGAGCCGCGCCCGCAACCUGCGCGGCUCCGUCAACUUCACGUUGGCGCGCGCCCCGCCCGCUUUUGCCGCCCCGCCCCACCGCACGUGCAGGUAUCGGGCUUUCAGGGGGGAUGAUGGACGUCAUGCCCGGACCCACUGGAAUCUUCUGGCCAUCCGCCUGGCCUUCAUCAUCGUGUGUGAGCACAUGGCGUUCUCCGUCGGCCGGGUCCUUGACCUCUUGGUGCCUGACAUCCCCGGAUCUGUGGAGAUCAAGGUGAAGCGGGAGUGCUACCUGGCCAAGCAGGCGCUGGCCGAGAACGAGGUUCUUUUUGGAACAAACGGGGCGGAAGAGGACCAGCCCUUGGGCUCAGAGAUGAAUCUGGGCCCACAAGCCUAG